AUGACUUGUGUUGAUUCAGUUUUUGAUGAAUUGGUUCCGGGUGAAGGAGCUCAGUUCACAAGAUAUGGAAAUGAACACAAGCUAGCAGGAUUUUCAGCAACUCUACAAGCCAUUAUUUCCUUUGUUGAAGAUGGGGGCGACCGAAUUCAUUUGAUUAGGGCAGGAAAACACAAGGUGGCUUUUCUUGUAAAAGGACCAAUUUAUUUAGUUUGCAUAAGUUGUACAGAAGAGCCUUAUGAGUCAUUACGUAGUCAACUGGAACUUCUUUAUGGCCAGAUGGUGCUUAUACUCACAGAGUCUGUAAGUAGAUAUUUUGAGAAGAAUCCAAAGUUUGAUAUGACGCCUUUACUUGGAGGAACAGAUGUUGUUUUCUCUUCCCUCUUCCACUCUUUUAGGAACCCUGCCUCUUUUCUUCAUGCAUACACCUAUCUUCCCCUUCCUUGUGCAACAAGGCAAGCUGUUGCUGCUAUCUUGCAAGAUGUUUCUGAUUCAGGCGUCAUCUAUUCAAUGCUCAUGAGUAAAUACAAGGUUGUGAGUCUUGUAGGUGCACAGAAAGCACAACUCCAUCCUGAUGACAUGCUGCUUCUUGCUAAUUUUGUCAUGGCAUCUGAAUCUUUUAGGACAUCUGAGUCAUUCUCCCCCAUAUGUUUACCAAGACACAAUGCCAUGCCCUUUCUACAUGCUUAUGUUCAUUAUUUUGAUGAUGAUACAUACCUGGUGUUGCUAACAUCUAAUUCUGAUGCCUUCUUUCAUCUAAAAGAUUGUCGGUCACACUGUAAGGUUGGUAAAGCUUAUGAGGCAGUGCAAGAAUGUGAAGAACUAAAGAAGAAAUGUUUGUAUUUGUGA